AUUAUGAAGAACACAUGAAGUAUGUACCUGAGAUAGUCCACGUAGAACAAGAUGGCGGAAACAGAGUCUUCUGUCCAACAAAGCAAUCCUCUCUCCAGAAAACUGAAUAAAAUCCUAGAAACAAGACUCGAUAAUGACAAGGAUAUUGUUGAAGCUCUUCGAGCCUUGUCUACUUUCUUCAGUGAUAAUAGUCUACGAUCGAGACGAAAUCUCCGAGGAGAYAUUGAAAAGAGAAGCUUAUUGAUAAGUGAACAGUUUGAAAGUACAUUCACAACGGUAAAAGAGCAACUAGAUGCAGUACAUGCAGAGAUUACAGAAAUGAAUAACUGCUGCCAAGAAAUGACAAGUAGACUUAAGUCUGCCAGAGACCAGACAUCAGACUUGAUCAGUAGUACUACAAAACUGCAAGCUGAAAGUAAUCGAAUUCAAAUGCAAGAAAAAGUGGCUGAGGCUUUUCUAUCAAAAUUCCAACUCCAUGCAGAAGAAGCAAAGCUCUUAAGAGGUCCACGAAAUGUCCCGGUUACAGAGGGUUUCUUUGUUGCCCUGGCUAGAGUAAAAGAAAUCCACAGUGAUUGUAAAGUUCUUCUGCGGACAAAGCAACAGAUAGCAGGGCUUGAGAUCAUGGAGACAAUGGCAAUGCAUUUGGAAGCUGGUUAUGAAAAACUUUAUCGCUGGACUCAAGAUGAGUGUAGAAGCCUGACUGGAGACCUGCCUGAAAUAUCUUCCACCUUGAGCAAAGCAAUGGAGUUGCUAAAGGACAGGCCUGUGCUAUUCAAGUACUGCUUGGAUGAGUAUGGGACAGCAAGAAGAACAGCAGUUGUACGCUGCUUUGUUGAUGCUCUUACUAGGGGAGGACCUGGUGGCACCCCCAGACCAAUCGAACUCCAUUCUCAUGAUCCAGUCAGGUAUGUUGGUGACAUGCUUGCCUGGCUGCAUCAAGCAAUUGCAUCAGAGAAAGAGCUUCUCCACUCCUUACUGGACAAGUCUUCUGGUGGAAGGAAAGCUUCUCAUCCAAAGCUAACAGAGGAAGAAACAAAUGAAAAGGCUGUUCUAAGUCACAUCACAGAGGGGGUCUGUAGACCAUUCAAGGUUCGUGUAGAACAAGUUAUCGUGUCAGAACCAGGAGCCGUAACCCUAUUCAGUCUCACUAAUAUUCUAAAGUUUUAUGGCRUGACAAUAAGUGGUAUAUUAGGAGAAGAAGCUGCUGUUUUAACAACUGUGCAAGAGAUGACAGAAUUGGCAACCAAAAUGUUUUUUAACAGUCUCAGCUGCCAUGCCGGCAAAUUGUUAGAAAAGGUUGAGUUACCUCCCCCUGAUCUUGGCCCAACUGAAUCAUUGAAAGAAACACUUGGCUUGUUACAAGCUGUCUUGACAUCCCAYGAUGCAUCUGUCAUCCCUUUAGAUGCUAGGCAAACAGACUAUGGCAGGAUCAUAUCAUGUUUAGUGGAUCCAGCCUUACAGAUGAGUGUCAUGUCUGCCAGUCACCUCAAUGCUGCAGAYAUGGCUGCCUACAUGAUCAACUGCAUUCAUCAAAUACAUUCAGCUCUUGCGGUCUAUGAAUUCACCGACAAGCACCUGGAAAUGCUUGCUGCUCAGAUGGAUGCACACAUUGAUACGCUUAUCAGUGAGCAGGCCUCGUUCAUCUUGUCACGCAGCGGACUUGGGAAUGUAUACACCGUAUAUCAAGAAAACAAGAAUCAAAAGGUGCCUUUGUCUUCUGUCCAUGGUUUGGAUCCGCAGACUGCGAAAGCCGCCAUGGCAAAGUUUGACAAGUACCUAUCAUCACCCGAUAGUCUGCGCAUGCCUCAGUGUGAGCUUCUGCGUACCACCAGAUUAAGGGACACUAUACACAAACGAGCUGUAGAUGCCGUGUGUGAUGCCUACAAGCAACUGUAUAAUAUGAUAACAGAUCCAAUAAACAACUACACUGAUCCUACGACCAUCGUAGCGCGAACAGUACAACAAGUAACCAAUUUACUGACAUAAGAUGUAAUUUUAUAAGAUAAAAUGAUAAAGAAUAGAAUAUUCCAUCAAAUAUUGUACACGGCUAAGAACAGUGAACCAUGUAAGCAAAAUAUAAUGCACAAUGAAAAUAAACCUUCAUAACUCAAGCAAAAA